AUGAAACGUCUUGCUUACGAGUGCGCAAAGAGAGGAGCACGUUUGGCCCUGGCUGCUAGAAGAGAAGACCGACUCCGGGCAGUUUAUGAAAAAGCUAGCCACUUGGGGUCCCUAGAUGCUAUCGAGGUCCGAGCAGACGUUUCCAAGGCAGAAGAUUGCAAACAGUUUGUCAAUAAGGCAGUUGUCAAAAUCGGCAGAGGAAUAGAACAGAGGAAUAAGAGGAAAGAUCGAGACGCCAGUGUAAAGGAAAUGAUUUUCUCAUUCCUGAUGGAUCAUCUGGUGAGCAAUGCUGGAAUAACUCACAUCAUCAGCUCGUUUGAGGAUUCCAGUCAACUCUCUGAAUUUGCUCCCGCUAUGGACACAAAUUUCUGGGUUCCAGCAUAUUGCUCCUAUUUUGCAAUUCCACGUCUAAGAAAAACCAGGGAAGAUAGUUGUUGUAGCUUCAACCGCAGGCUGGUUUCCUACUCCAAAAUUGACCUUUUACACGUUCAAAUGAACUCUGUCCCGGCUGAGUCCACCGAUGAAAGCGCCAAAGCAAUUGUAAACAGUGCUUGCCGCGGAGACAAAUAA